AGAGGGCGAGAGAGGGAGGGCUGGACUCCGGCAUGGAGAGUGGCUUGAGGUCCUUGGAGCAGAAGUGAUGAAGUGAGUCUAGUGUGAGUGCCAGUGAGGAGAGAGAGGAGAGAAGGGAACAGAUGUACGCAGGCAGGCAGGGCAGCACCUACCCCAGGCUCCUCAACAACAACAAGAGAGACUCACUCACACACUCACUCACUCACAUAGUCAUACACACACUCACACGCACGUCAGGAGCUCAGGACAUCUGUGUGACUACUAACAACAAGGCCGGCGGAUGGUACUCCACAGCCCGCAGAGUGCUGGCCUCUCUUUGAGGUUAUGAUUUUUCAGCACCCUGUCACAACUUGGACUCUGGUGCGGACAACAAGCUCUCGUGCGUGCGGCGGACUCUCGCUCGGCUCAGCGGCCCCAAACAGCACGUCAAGUGCUCACCGGUGAUGGACGUGCUCUAAUGACUCGCCUGGACGCGUCUGAGUCACAGCGGGGAAAGAGAGACUAAGAGAGAGAGAGAGAAAAGAGAAGGAGAGAGAGAGACAGAGGGAGAGAGAGAGAGAGAGAACGAAAGACAAGAAGGCAGUGGGGGAGAAGUGCGAGUGUCAUGGCUCUCCCUACAAGAGCAUCUCAAUUCAACCUGUCAAAGCCACCACCGAGGAUUUAAGUGCACCAGAGAAGCAAAAGACAGCGCCACAGACAUAAAAGACCUUUUUACAGGACAACUCAACUGAGAGCACAUCCCCCUUACUGGAAAGUGGAAAGCGGAGGGCCACGUCCAGGCUUCUUCGCCCUCGUCAUGAAGUUCCCUUGCCUGGUGCUGCUGGCCGCCUUCCUGGCUCCCAGCGCUGCCGUCCAUGCAGAGGCCCAGGAGAUCGAGAGCCACGAUGACGCCCUGGAGCCUGAGUUCAUGUACGCCGAGCGGCCCAAGCGCUCCGUGUCGGGCACCCCUUUACCUGCCGCCUCGCCCGCCGCGGCCGCCUCCGUGACGGACAAGUGCUCAUACACCUUCAUCGUGCCGCAGCAGAAGGCCACGGGCGCCAUCUGCGUCAACUCCAAGUCGCCCGAGGGCCAGGUGGACACGCGGGUCAACAAGCAGGAGCUGGAGGUGCUGAACGGCGAGCUGCAGAAGCAGCGGCGGCAGAUCGAGUCGCUGCAGACGCUGGUGGAGGUGGACGGCGGCGUGGUCAACGAGGUCAAGCUGCUGCGCAAGGAGAGUCGCAACAUGAACUCGCGCGUCACGCAGCUCUACAUGCAGCUGCUGCACGAGAUCAUACGCAAGCGCGACAACGCGCUGGAGGUGGCGCAACUUGAGAACCGCGUGCUCAACCACACGGCCGAGAUGCAAGGGCUGGUGUCGCGCUACCGCGACUUGGAGCACAAGUACCAGCACCUGGCCCAGCUCGCCAGCAACCAGAGUGCGCUCAUCGUGCAGCUGGAGGAGCACUGUCGCAGGACGCAUGGCGGCGGUGGCUUCGGAGGAGAGAGGGAGAGGGAGCGGGAGAGGGUGGACAGGGACAGGGACAGGGAGAGCAGGGACAGGGACAGAGAGAGGGAGAGGGAGAGGACUUUGGCACGGUCCAGAUACCCACUGCAGCCUCCUCCGCAGCAGCCUGCAGUGAUGCCUCAGCAUCCUCCUCAGCGCCCCCAGCCCCAGGCUCCGGCUAAGCCUUACCAUCCGCCUACGUACACGCGAAACGGCAACGGCAACAUCAACCAGAUCACCAACGAGAUACAGAGCGACCAGAACUCGAAGGCGCUGCUGCAACCGCUGCCUACGAUGCCGUACGGGACCCACAGCUCGUCCACGACAGACAAACCCUCUGGGCCCUUCAAGGACUGUCUGCACGCGCUGGAGGACGGCCACGCCACCAGUGGAAUGUACCUGGUGAAGCCGGAGAACGCCAACCGCCUCAUGCAGGUGUGGUGCGACCAGAGGCACGACCCAGGUGGCUGGACCGUGAUCCAGAGGCGCCUGGAUGGAUCCGUCAACUUUUUCAGAAACUGGGACACGUACAAGCAAGGGUUUGGGAACAUUGAUGGCGAGUACUGGCUGGGGCUGGAGAACAUCUACUGGCUGACCAAUCAGGGCAACUACAAGCUGCUGGUGACGCUGGAGGACUGGUCGGGCCGCAAGACCUUCGCAGAGUACGCCAGCUUCCGCCUGGAGCCCGAGACCGAGUUCUACAAGCUGAAGGUGGGGCGCUACCAUGGCAACGCCGGAGACUCCCUCACCUGGCACAACGGCAAGCAGUUCACCACGCUCGACAGGGACCACGACAUGUAUACAGGUAACUGUGCCCACUACCAGAAGGGAGGCUGGUGGUACAACGCCUGUGCCCACUCCAACCUGAACGGCGUGUGGUACAGAGGAGGCCACUACCGCAGCCGCUACCAGGACGGCGUGUACUGGGCAGAGUUCCGGGGCGGAGCCUACUCCCUGAAGAAGGUUACCAUGAUGAUUCGGCCUAAUCCAAACACGUUCCACUAGAACCGCCCCUACCAUGUGACUGCCGUUAGGACAACAACAGAAAUGCAUACUAAGAGCUUCAGGCCUGAAAAGGUUUUCUUGUUUCUUUCUUUCUCUCUCUCAUCUCUCAUCUCAGAAAAAAAACAAGUGCAAUUACACUAAGUUAAAUGUCAUUUUUAAUUAUUGUUUUUUGUUUAUUUUUGUUAUGUUUUGUUUUGUUUAUUACCUUCAACCAUAUGCAUUCAUACACAGUACAGUAUAUUACAAUGGUACGGCUUAAAAACAUAUGAAAGGACAUCAGCUCCUUCUGGACACCUCUGUGGGGACUGGACAUUCCAGAGCUGGUCAGGAGGCGCAGGGACUCAUGGAGCUUCUAUUUUUUUCAUCAUUUUUUCUUUUUCUUUUUUUUUCUUUUGGUUCUGGACUAUUGGACGGGUAAGCCCGCAGUCGUUUUGAAGAGAUUUCGGUGGAGCAGACAUAAAAAGCAGUGGAAAACAGGAGACUGAGGCGGCCUACGGUAACUCCGUCUGUCAGGCCUGGGUUUUUGCGGGCCGCCCCACGGAGAAACGCAGUUUCCACAUGUGGUGGUGAUGGCACGACAAGGGGGAGAGAGCCACUGGUUUCCUGUGAGGAGGGGGAAAUACCCAGUCGGCCGGCCGCAGAAACUGGGCCCAUGCUCACCAUUGCUUUUGACCGUGAUACACAAGAGAGAAGGGGGAAAGGGUUUCGCAAUUCAUCCCAUCGUGAAUCACGUUUUUUUUUUUUUUGGGGGGGGGGGUUCUUGUUUUUUUUGUUGCGGUUGUUUAUUUGUUCUCAUCUGUAUCACCAUCUGUGCAAAGAUCUAUUAAUGUGAUGUAUGUGAUGUAGUAUGUUUAUAUGGUGGUGUAAUGCCCUAGAUAUGUCGUCAUGCAGUUAAUCUCAACCCCUCCACACGUGGUGCAGUUUCAGGGUCUUUGUUGAAGCACGUCCGUACACAUCAUAAAGGUACAGUACAUCCACCAGAGAUCAGCCCAGCAUUCAUACCAGCUAUUACAAUGCUAUUUUUACAUUACAUUACACGUACCAGACGCUUUUAUCCAAAGCGCCUCACAGGGCAUUAGUUACAGUCCCUGAACCAAUGUGGGGUUAGGUGCCUUGCUCAAGGGCACUUCAGCUAUGGACAGUGUGGGAUUUGAACCUGCAAGCCUCUGAUUCAAAGACCACCUUCCUAGCCAUUAUGUCAGGGCCGCCACACUAUUUUUUGCCAUAUUCCCACAUGACACGGCUUCAUGGCUUCUCAAGAUUAAAGGAAAUUUGUCACUUUCAUUUAUCAUUCAUUUCAAUAUGCUGACCAGGAUGAAUAAAACGAAUUUGAACAAUAAAAACAAUUUUAAUAACACCAGUUGCAACAUAUUACAUAAUUCAUACCUUGUUAUCAGGUACAGACUAAGGAUGCACUACCAAAACAAACUCUCUAUUGUUCAUCUCUACUGCUACUUAUCUUAUCUUCACGGUAACUAAAAAUCAUUAUUUCAAAUACACACCCUUAUGCCAAAGCUAUACAAUGUGUAAUGCUGCAGAGUCUGUAAACUAGUCAUUGCAGAGGGUUCAUUUACUUCUGAUGUCUAUGUUUGUUUCAAGCAGCCAAUUUGGAAAAUCAACAUCAAGCGUGGUUGCAUGUCUCACCCAAACACAUUAAUCAGGACACUACCCCCCCAACAGUAUCCAAUCUCCACCAAAAUUAUCCCAUAUGCUCAACAGCGCUGACACGAGGCAGAUGGUUUGAUUCAGUGCAGUGGAGCGAAGUAGCAAGGGUGUGUGUCUUCUUACGGCCAGCCUCGGAGUCACAGUUCACAACACUUUGUGAUGCAGAGAUCAACUUUGUCCUCUAUGCUUAAAGCAAGUGCGCUGUCCCUCCAUGAUUGACGAUGUGAUACAUCAUGUUUUUAAAUCAACAGCGUCUAGAAGUUGUAACAUGUUGUUUUUGUGCUCCAUUGCAAUGAAUAUUUUUGACAGAAAGUUUGGUGGAUAGUUAGCAGCUAGCUCUGUAUGCAACUAAAGGCAUGUGCUAAGCAACACAAGGAUCCUGUGGUUACAGCAAUUUAGCAUUCAACACCACAUAUGUUUUAGAAAAAAAUAAUGAUUUGGCACCACUGGAAAAGGCACAAGAUAUUUCCAAACGAUUACCACAAAUUCCACAGAAAUCAAAAAAAGAAUGUGGUAAGUACAACUGCUCUAUUCAGUUCAUUUCAUGACUAGACAUGUCCUAAAAGGUCAUGCCAGGGCAUCUCAUAAUUUUACCAAAAAAUUAUAGUAAACAACAUUCACCUGCGCUGACGAGAUUGCAGCGAACACUUGAAUCACUGUUGUUUUGUUUUAUAAACGAGGGGCACACUGCGCUGGGGCAUGUGCUUUACCUAGACAAAACAUCUUUGGAGGGCUAUUUGAAAACAAUUACAAUGACGUAACAACAGGAGGUGGACAAACACAUAACACACACACACAAACACAAACACACACACACACACACACACACACACACACACACACACACACACACACACACACACACACACACACACACACACACACACACACACACACACACACACACACAGGAACAGACAUCAAAGCUGUCACACACACAAACAUAAUGCAUUGUCAGAAACUUGUUUUAGAAAAAAUCCUCAACAUAUGUCUCAUGUCCUGAACUUCCCUUCGAGAAGCAUCGAAACAACAAAUCCACAACCCACGAGAAUAACUCUGAAAACCACAAUCAUGCCAGGGAAGAAUUCGAAACGAGAGCAACAGACUAUUUAACCUGCGCCUCUAUGAUCGACACAUCACAUACGCUUCCAGCCUUCAAAUCCUUAUUCGGGCCCCAUGAAGUCAAAGUGCUGACUGCAUGAAGGAUUACAUUCUGUUUUCCCAUGUCAUACUUUCAUUUCGUGACUGCACAUCAGUCACGCUGUCCUAACUGUCUCUACAUAUGACAUGCCAUUUGUCAACAUCUUUGAUUCAUCCAACAGCUUUUCUUACAGUGGCAACCUGAAAAACAAUCC